CCUCCAGCAACGCAGCAUUCAGUUCAGCUCUUCCUGAAAGCAUCAUGCAAGCCUUGCUCAAGAUUCUGCUUUUGCAGCUUCUGGCUUCUCUCGGACAGCAAGCUCUUGGGAGUGAAAUCAUAAAUGGGGAGAGGGUCAAGGAGGGCUCAAGGCCGUACAUGGCAUCAGUCCAGAGCAGUAUGGGUCACGAAUGUGGAGGGUUCCUCAUCAGUGAAGACUAUGUGGUGACGGCAGCACACUGUGAUGAUUUCAAUCCUCCUAAGAGUGUCGUUCUGGGUACGCACAAUCUCAAGAAGAUCGAUCCAAAAAUGAAAUACGGCAUAGAAAAAAAAUGCAAACACCCAGCUUAUGUUAAUGUUGGAUUGGGAAAUGAUAUCAUGCUCCUCAAACUGUCGAGGAAAGCUCGCGAUGGGAAGAACAAACCCAUUAAGCCCCUUGACCUUCCAAGACCUGCGAUACACGGCACAGCAAAUAAAAUGUGCAGCGUAGCAGGGUGGGGAAAGAUAAAAACCACUGGAAACAACGUGGACGAGCUGCGAGAGGCCAAAGUUUCCAUGAUUAACCUGGAAAAAUGUGAGGAGAUCUGGAAGGUCGAACUUCCAAAUAACGUCAUCUGUGCAGGUGGAUAUGGCUCACAGAGAGGAUUCUGUCAGGGUGAUUCCGGCGGCCCGCUGGUGUGCGACGGCAACGUGGCAGUUGGUGUGGCUUCUUUUAACAAGCUCCGCCGCUGUGUUUACCCUGAUGUACCCAACGUCUACACAGACCUGCAUAAGUUUGUUCCCUGGAUCAAAAACAUCCUCAGAACAAAGAAAUGCUGAGUGUCCAGAAGUGUUGUGGAUCUGUUGCUUUUGCUCUUGUUGUUCUGCAGAGCCAAAUAAAAAAAAAAAAAAAAAAAAAAAAAAAAAAGAAAGGUUCAUAUUAUCUCAAGCUUCAGGAUUUAAGAUGUGUGAAUGAAGAAAUAAAA